GUGCAGCGGUCGGUGGACGCCCACGCCGCGCGCCUCUCGGACCUGGAGGGGCGGACGGGCACGGCCGAGAAGAAGAUCGUGGACUGCGAGAAAACGGCCGCGGAGCUGGGCAGACGGCUGGACAGCAAGUGCGCGGCGCUGGGCAGCCUCAUCCAGGAGUACGGGCUGCUGCAGCGGCGCCUGGAGAACAUGGAGAACCUGCUCAAGAACAGGAACUUCUGGAUCCUGCGCCUGCCGCCUGGCGCCAAGGGCGAAGUGCCCAAGGUGCCGGUGACCUUUGACGACGUCUCGGUCUACUUCAACGAGAAGGAGUGGGAGAAGCUGGAGGAAUGGCAGAAGGAGCUGUACAGAAACGUGAUGAGGAGCAAUUACGAGUCUUUGAUCUCUCUGGACUAUGCAAUUUCCAAGCCAGGCGCUCUGUCUCAGGUUGAACAAGGCAGGGAGUCAAGCAUUGGGGAUCAGCAGGACUUGGAGGAGAGAGAAAUCAUCACAGACCCCAGUGCAGCGGGUAUAAGGGUGGUGAUCAAAACCGAAGACCUUCAUUCUGAGGACAGCCCCGAAAACCUGGAGCUACACGGGAUGUCGGGGCAAUCGGAGGAGAGCUUCCAGAGCCCAGACGAGGAAGCGACCUGCGAGAGCCCGUACGGCUCGGUGACGCCGCCGCAAAACCUCCCCGGAAACGGGCUGGAGGAGUCGGCAGAGUACGAGACAGACUACGGCGAGAUCAAGAGAGUCAUUGUGCACCAGGGGAACUGCACAGAUGAUGGGAUCGUGAUCAAAACCGAGGAGGACGAGGAGGAAGAGGACCCCGACAGCCUAGAGCCCUGCACGAUGUUCUCGGGGCGGGUGGAGCCGCAGGUUUUCCAGAACCACGACCCGGGGGUGCCACGCGAGGCUCACUGCAGCUCCAAAAUGCAGCCCCGGAGCCUGUCUAGCAGCUUGCUGGGGAAGCCAACCGCCUGCGAGAGAGACGCUGGCGAGAUGAAGGCGGCCGUGAUGCACCAGAGGAACCGGACGCGGGAGCGGCCGUACAUCUGCCCGGAGUGCGGGAAGAGCUUCAUGCUGAGGAUCAACUACAUCAUCCACCAGCGGAACCACCUCAAGGAGGGGGCGGGCGGCGUGGCCCGGCGCCCCGACCCCUUUGGCGACCAGCGCGGCCUCAAGCCCCAGCCGCGGCCCCCGCCAGCCGGCAAGCCCUACAAGUGCUCCGAGUGCGAGAGCAGCUUCAGCCACAAGUCCAGCCUAAGCAAACACCAGAUCACGCACGUGGGAGAGAGGCCGUACACCUGCGGCGAGUGCCGCAAGAGUUUCCGGCUCCAGAUCAGCCUCAUCAUGCACCAGCGCGUGCACGCCGGCAAGAGCGAGAUGUCCUUCCUGUGCCCGCAGUGCGGGAAGGCCUUCAGCCGCCCCUCCCACCUGCUGCGGCACCAGCGCACCCACACGGGCGAGCGCCCCUACAAGUGCACGCAGUGCGAGAAGACCUUCGGCGAGAAGUCCAAGCUCACCAACCACUACCGCAUCCACACCCGCGAGCGCCCCCAUGCCUGCGGGGAAUGCGGCAAGGGCUUCAUCCGCAAGCACCACCUCCUGGAGCAUCAGCGCAUCCACACCGGGGAGAGGCCGUACCACUGCGGGGAAUGCGGGAAGAACUUCACGCAGAAGCAUCACCUGCUGGAGCACCAACGGGCCCACACCGGGGAGAGGCCCUACCCAUGCACGCACUGUACCAAGUGCUUCCGAUAUAAACAGUCCCUCAAGUACCACUUGCGGACGCAUGCGGGUGACUAGGAGAGCCCCGCCCCCCACCUCACCCCGGGCAGCCCGGCGUGGGGCCGACGGUAGCACAACACUCGGCAGAGACCCGGGUGGGAGCCUCGGCAUGAGGCCGACGGUAGCACAACACUCGGCGGAGACGGACGGGUCAGUUUAAAAAAAAAAAUAAUAAUAAUUAAAUAAAAUGAAAGCAAGCGCCAUGCCGCAAAAGCACGUACCGCUAACAGCCGCCGCUUGUGUAGGGUCAGUCCUGGUCCGAAUGUACAGGAGACGUUGCCGGCGUAGGACUCUAACCGCUUUUUCAGUCGAUUCUCUUUUGAUAAUAAAUGUGGAGGAACGUUUAUUUGAUAAGCAAACCCCGCCGUGCGGUCGCCAUCAU